ACAGGCUCAUAGAGAUUUCGGUCUUUCACUCAAAGAAGAUACCAUUCCUGGGAACAUGCCUAGGGACGUUCAAAAUGGAUGUUGUGACAGUGUACAACCAACCAGAUCACAGGUUUUUCCAGAAGUGGGCUGUUAUCAGUGACCCCACAGACACUCGGGCAGGCGUGAAAGGAUUUGUGAAGUGCAGCAUCUCCGUCACCGCACGCGGGGAUGUUGUGGGCUCCCUUCCCACCUCCUCCGGCAGCCGGGAUGAGGACAUUGAAAGGAACCUGCUGCUGCCUAAGAGAGUCCCCGCAGAGCGACCCUGGGGCAGGGUCUGCAUCAAGCUCUACCGUGCUGAAGGCCUGCCCAGCAUGAGUGCAGGCAUCAUGGGUGGUUUCUCCAAGAUCAUAGGGGAGAAAAAAGUCUUUAUUGACCCAUAUGUGCAGGUCUCAUUCUGUGGUCAGCAGGGGGAAACAUCAGUGGAGGGCAGCACCACUGAGCCCGAAUGGAACGAGCAGAUCAGCUUCAUCGAGAUGUUCCCGCCUCUUGCCAAGAAGAUAAAAGUCCAGGUUUUGGAUGAUGCCAACGUCGGUGAUGUGGCCCUUGCCACACAUUACAUUGACUUGCAUCAGAUCUCAGAUCCAGGCAGGAAUGACCCUGGCCCUGUCACUGCAGGCUUUAACCCCACGUUUGGCCCUGCCUGGGUGAACCUCUAUGGCUCCCCCCAGAACUCAACUCUACGGGACAUCCACAAGGACCUCAAUGAGGGUAUGGGCGAAGGGAUCUUCUACCGUGGGCGCAUCCUCAUGGCCAUCACAGUGGAGAUCUUCAGCAGCCCCAGCGUGGCAGAGGGAAGGCUUACAGACAAGACGAAGGGUGCCCUAAGCAAGCUGAAACUGAAGAAGAAAAGUAAAAAAUCCAAGGAGAAAGCCAAAGAGCUGAUCCAGCUUCAGGGAGAGGAGGAGGCUGGGGGCUCCCAGGAGGCUGAGCAGCCUGGGGAGGUCACUGUGGAAGUGGAGGAGCUCCAUCCGCUCCCCGAGAACGCAUUGGGAAGGAAGGAGGAAUUCCUCCUCUUUGCUGCCUUUUUUGAAGCCACGAUGAUGGACUCCUCUCUCCGCUCCAAGCCUGUCAGUUUUGAAGUUUCCAUAGGAAACUAUGGCAAAGCAGAAGAGGUUGUGACUAAAGUACCUAGAAAAGGGGGGAAGGGAGAAAGAAGAGAAGAAAAACAGUCGUUGCUGGACCACAGUUCGGACAGUGAACUGGAUGUUGAAGUCCUUGCCCCAACUUCAGCAGCACGGAACAAAUCAGUGACAAUAAGCCAGAGACCAGAGCCUAUGGAGUAUGAUAGGUCCUACAGUUGCCUGCCCAUGGCUCAUGAGAAACCCUGCACGUAUGUGUGGAGCUACUGGGAGGAUCACACCUGGAGACUCUGCAAUUCCAACUGGAUUGUCAAGCUGGCUGAGCGCCUGGAGCAGGGGCUAGAUGAUGUGGAGAAGCUCAUGAGAAGGUCAAAGGCUAAAGCAGAAGAAGGACUCCGAGAGGUGCUGGAGGAAUUUGUAGCUGGGUGCAGGCAUUAUUCCCUCAAUGCAGAGAAAAAAAACAUGGCACAUCCAAACAACCUUGACAGAUGUCGGACAAAAUACAUCAUGCGCAACAUCAUCCUAUAUGCAAAGCAGGGGCUCCGCGUCAGGAGGCGGCUGACCCGAGCCAACGUCAAGGAGAAGGUUAAGGAGACAAGGAGAAUCCUGGCAAAGUUACGUUUCUUGGCUAAAGAGCUCUUUCCCUUUCCUCCCUUGCAGCCCCAGUGUACCCUCCCUGAUGUUCUCGUCUGGAUGCUCAGCAAUAACAAGCGCGUAGCGUAUGCAAGAAUUCCUGCACAGAAUGUGCUCUACUCUGUUGUUGAGGAGGAGAAAGGCAAGGACUGUGCAAAGAUCCAAACUGUCUUUUUGAAGGUCCCUGGCUCACACAAUGGUGAGAUCUUUGCCAAACUGGAAAUCUACAUGUGGCUUGGGAUAACUAACUAUGCAAAGAACUGCACAGCAGAGUUGCCCGAGGAGUUCAAGCAUCUCUCAGAGACUGGACAGGAGAUGGCCCAGCUCUCGGCAUACGUUCCUCCCAGCCGGCUCAGCAGGGAUGAUUUCAACUAUUUCCAGCUUCGAGCCCAUCUGUAUCAGGCUAGAGGAAUCCUCCCUGCAGAUGACAAUGGCCUUUCAGAUCCAUUUGCCAGAGUGGUAUUUUCAACUCAUUGCCAGACCACCAGGAUUUUGGAGGAGACACUGAGCCCAAUGUGGAAUGAGCUACUUUUGUUUGACCAGCUCAUUAUUGAUGGGAAAAGAGAGGAGUUGAAUACAGAGACCCCUAUUGUUAUAGUCAAUCUCUUCAACCAUAAUAAAUUUGGCUCCCCUGAGUUCCUCGGCCAGGCGUUUGCUAUCCCUCAGGUGAAGCUGCUUGAUGAGCCAUACAGCAAACCUGCCCUGCAGUUCUUCGAUUUCUACAAAGGAACCAGAGCAGCAGGGGAGCUCAUUGCCACUUUCGAGUUGAUUGAAUUGGAUUACAGUGGCUAUUUGGAGCCAGCAGUGCCUGAGGAUGUGGAGCCCAAGGAACCUGGCUUCCUGGGAGACCCCCGUGCUGGACGGUUCCUCAUCCCUGUGGGCAUCCGCCCGGUGCUGAAGGAGUUUCGCAUAGAGAUCUUGUUCUGGGGCCUGCGGGACCUGAAGAGAGUGAACUUGUUCGAGGUAGAUCAGCCCCAGGUGAUCAUCGAAUGUGCUGGGAAAAAAGUGGAGUCAGAAGUUAUCAUUGCCUACAAAGAGAACCCCAACUUCACUGAGCUGGUCAAGUACAUGGACGUGGAGCUCCCAGAGCAGGUCUACCUUCACCCUCCUCUCAGCAUCUUCGUAGUGGAAAAGAGGGCUUUUGGGCGCACUGUGCUAGUGGGGACCCACAUUGUGUCCAAUGUGAUGAAAUUCUCUCCCAGAGAACUCGAGGAGGAACUGGAAGAUGAACCCAAAGCUCAGAAAGGCUCAUCCCAACCACUUCCCUCUCAGGCUGUGAUAAAUAUUGGCCUGUCAGCUGGUGAACCAGGUCCCAGCACUCACCCUCUGAGUCUUAUGAAGGCCCCUUUGAAGAAAAUUCCUAUCAAUAAGCUUAUAAAGAAAAAUAGUGAAUAUGAAGAGGAAAAACCAGAGUUGGAAGAACUGGACUGGUGGUCCAAAUACUAUGAGUCCUUAAAGGAGCUCAAUAACCAGAUGCGCAGUGAUGAGGAAGAUGCUGAAAAUGAUGACCUUAAUGAUGCAGAUGGAGGAAAUCUAAAUGCAGCCUCCAUUGACAUAGAAGCAGAAGAGGAGGCAGUAAUUGAAGCUGAACCAACUCGAUCCAAGAGGAAACUCAUUGCCACACUUCAGAUCUACAACUCUGAGCUGGAAAGUGAAUUUGAUAAUUUUGAAGACUGGCUCUGUAUCUUCCCCCUUCAUCGUGGCAGAACAAAUGAGGAUGAAGAUGGGAAUGAGGAUGAACAUUUUGUGGGGAAGUACAAGGGCUCCUUCCAUGUCUACCCUACUGAGGAAGCUGGCAAAGAGCACAGAAUCUCCCAGGGCAUUCCAAGGAACAGACCCAUCAAAGUUCUCGUGAGAGUUUAUAUUGUUAAGGCUACAAACCUGUCUCCAGCAGACCCCAAUGGCAAGGCAGACCCUUACGUGAUGGUGACGGUGGGGCAGGAGCACAAGGACACGAAGGAGCGAUACAUCCCAAAGCAGCUCAAUCCUGUAUUUGGCGAAGUUGUGGAGCUGACGGUCUCCUUUCCCAUGGAAUCGGAACUCACUGUGGCAGUAUUUGACCAUGAUCUAUUUGGAUCAGAUGAUUUGAUUGGGGAGACCAAGAUUGAUUUGGAGAACCGAUUCUACAGCAAGCACAGGGCCAACUGUGGCGUGGCUUCACAGUAUGACAUGUAUGUACUACAGCAGGAGCAGGGCCCUUUCGAUACAUUCUGUCUUCCCUGCAGAAGUGGGUAUAACAUGUGGCGAGAUGCUUUCAAGCCUACACAGAUCUUGGAUAGUUUGUGCAAGAAGAACUCACUCCCUGCAGCAGAAUACAGACGGGAGGAAGUCAAAGUGAACAAUCAAGUCUUCAAGAUCCCUCCAGAAGCUUUUCCUGAAGCACAUGACGAACAUAAGGCUUUGUACGUCCUGCAACACUGGGAAGAGAUGCAAGGAUAUGGGUACAAGUUGGUACCGGAGCAUGUGGAGGUCCGGUCUCUUUACAACCCAGAGAACCCUGGGCUUGUGCAAGGUUCCUUGCACAUGUGGAUUGACAUGUUCCCAAAUGACGUCCCUGCACCGCCUCCUGUCAAUAUCAAGCCACGACUGCCAAUCAGCUAUGAGCUGCGUGUGAUAAUCUGGAACACGGACGAUGUGGUCCUUGACGACAUCAACCCAAUAACAGGAGAGCCUUCCAGUGACAUCUAUGUAAAAAGUUGGAUAAAGGGACUUGACCACGACAAGCAGGAGACAGAUGUUCACUUUAACUCUUUGACUGGGGAAGGCAAUUUCAACUGGAGAUUCAUCUUCCGCUUCAACUAUCUCCCAACCGAGAAGGAGAUCACCUACAAGAAGAAGGAUUCUGUCUUCUCUGUGGAGGAAUCGGAGUUCAGAGAACCAGCUGUCCUGGUCCUCCAAGUCUGGGAUUAUGACAGGAUUUCAGCUAAUGACUUUCUAGGCUCCAUUGAGCUGAAGCUGCAUGAUAUGGUGCGGGCAGCCAAGAGCUCAGAGCAUUGCACCAUCAAGAUGGCCAAGGAGAAUGCCACACCUUGCUUCUCCAUCUUCCGAAACAAGCGCAUGAGAGGCUGGUGGCCCUUCAUCAAACUCAGAGAUCAAGAAGAUGAAGAGAGAGAGGAGAGGGAGGCCAACCAGAAGAAGAAGAGGAAGAAGAAGUGGAGCAGCUCAGUCAAACCAGAAGACGUUCAGUUCACAGACCCCAGCGGGAACAAGUACCUCCUGACGGGUAAGGUAGAAGCAGAGCUGCAGUUGUUGACUGUGGAGGAGGCUGAGAAAAAUCCUGUUGGUUUGGGCCGAAAAGAACCUGAACCUCUGGAAAAGCCCAACCGGCCAAAAACAUCUUUUAACUGGUUUGUGAAUCCCAUGAAAACCUUUGUGUUCUUUAUCUGGAAGCGAUACAAGAAGUACAUCAUUGUGCUGUUCAUUGCUGCUGUUCUGACCAUCUUUCUGGUUCUUUUGAUCUAUACCAUGCCUGGAUACAUCAGUGAGAAGAUCAUUAAUGGAUAAAUGCUCUCUGAAAAGGACUACUCAAAGACUUGGUGAUUAUUGGAAAAAUUGAGAUUGGGCCAGAAAGUUUAAUGAAA